AGCCAUUGAGUUUUGCGCCCGGUACCCAAGGGGGUGGGGUGAGCGGGGGCCGCGCCGGCGCGGCACACCGCGGGCCCCGUCCCUCCCCCCCCUUGGAUGGGGCAGCACGGCCGCUUCCACGCGAGUUUACCGACAAAAGCGGUUGCGCUGGAGGCGGGCCACAAGCCCGAGCCCGAGCGCCCGCCGGUCGAGCGGGCCCCCACCCACUGCGGGCAGACGGUGACGGUCCUCGACUGGGACGACACGCUGUUGUGCACCACUUGGCUGGCGGCGCUCCGGGCGCGCUGCAGGGGGCCCUCGGCCGCGCAGCGGCAGGAGCUGCGCGGCAUCGGGGCGGCGGCGCGGCAGCUGCUGCAGAGGGCGCAGGAGGUCGGCCAGGUGGUGAUCAUCACCAACAGCGUCAGCGGCUGGGUCGAGCACAGCGCCUCGAUGCAUGUCCCCGAGAUCCUCCCCCUGCUAAAGGGCGUCCAUGUCAUCUCCGCCAGGAGCGAGUUCGGCAACGAGUUUCCCGGGGAUGCGGCCCGAUGGAAGCAGCAGGCGUUCCUGACGCUGCAGCAGCGGCUCCCGUCGCUGCAUGUCGCCAACUUGAUCUCGAUGGGCGAUUCGAGUCAUGAGCUCGAUGCCGCCCGCGCUCUGGGCCAGCGGCUGGCGGAGGAGUCGCUGGUGAAGACCGUGAAGUUCUGCGAGCACCCGACGCCGGAGCAGCUGCGCAAGGAGUUGGAGUUGGUCUGCUGCCAGCUGGACAAGAUCGUGGCCUGCACCACCGACGUCAGUGUGACGCUCGAGCGGAGGGCGGCGUGAGCGCACGGGGGCGCGGCGCGCUGCCCGGGCCGCUGGCCUUGGCCCAGUGGCCGUUCCAUUCCGCGCGGGUGUCGGGGGGGGGCUCUGUCGCCUGAGAGCGUACGGGGGAGUGGUGAGAUUGUGGGGUGCAUGGCGGUGCCUCUCGGUCGCGUUUUGCUGCCGCCGCGUCGCUCCCCUUGGCCCAAAGGGCGAGGCACGGGCCGAGGCGGCGCACGCCGCCCUUCUGCGCAGCGCCGGUCUGUGCAGCGUGCGUGGUGGAGGCGCGCAGCCGCUCACGCAGUGAGUUCUUCGUGGGUGGCCCGGCGGGCGGUCCGGGGCCCGGCUCCCUCCACAGAUGGGAGGAGGUGGGGGGACUGUUUCGGGUUCUCUCAGUCUGGCUCGGGUCUUUGGCCGCUUGCAGGUCCAGGCCGCUCUUGUGUCUUCAGCCGACCUUGUCGUCUCGAAGCGGUUCGAAUGUUUUUUUCAACCAGCCAUGCUAUACAGCUUCUUGGUGUGGAGCACACUUGCAUGAAUACAGUAAAUUACAGAGUGCAUCGCGUGCCAGGGAUAGGAUGGAGCUCCCCCCCCUCCACCACCGCACCCAGCAGUUGCGCAUGCUAGGAACACCUUUGAACUUCAUCCCCCUCCGAUCCAUCCUGUCCAAGCCCUGUGCUAACUCCAAGCACUGGACGCAAAGCGUCCACGGGAGUCUCUCAAGCUCGACCCGUUCUCCCACGGGGCCGAGCCAAAUUUUAAAAGCGCAGCUUUUCUAAGCCAGGUUGCCCCAGUGCAGCGAAUGCAUCUGGAGCUCCGGCACCGCUAACAGCGGUUGAGGCGGAGGAGGAUGAGGAGGAGGGGCCUGGUCGAUGUUCUCCUCGACGCCGGAGCUGGUUUCACGACGUCGGAUGUCAGGGAAGGAGGCCCGCGCGCAGCAUGCGUUUGCCCUUUUGCGUUCACGACGCGUGCUGAAAGAUACGCGCCGUGGAGCACUGACUGGAGGACUCGUGGUAACUCACGGUCCUCGGGUCCCAGCAAGCUCUGUCCAUCACAGUUAGGUGCUUGCGGCGGAGGCUUCAGACGGCUCCCAAAUGGGAGUGCAGGAAGAGGGGCAGCUUUGUCUCGGCAACGGCAGCGGGGAAGAUACGAUGGGCAGAUCGCUGUAGGAACCCGCGCGUAUCUUCCCCGACUUUGGCCUUCGUUCCUGUCGCUGGCUAGGAUCAGCGCGUGCAUGUUCAUCAGCUUUCCCGGUCAAUGGCCGGCGUGUUCGCGUGCGCACUGCGGUUCGUCAUUCUUGGCCUUUCUGUCGCAUCCAACU